UCUAUUCAAACACCAUCCAUCCAAGAUGAAACUUAUGUUGUGCAUCGUUGCUUUAGCUGGUCUUGUUGCCAGUGAACCAUCACAAAGAAUCGUUGGGGGAAGUGAUGCAUAUGCUGGACAAUUCCCGUGGCAAGUUUCUCUCCAGAGAAGUUCUGGUAGCAGUUGGGCUCACAUCUGUGGUGGAAGUUUGAUUGCUAACAACCGAGUUUUAACUGCUGCUCAUUGUGUUACUGCUACAAGUCCUGGAUCCUACAGAGUUGUUCUUGGUAAUCACAGACUGAACAAUAUUGAUGGCACAGAACAGACUAUCUACAUCAGCUCUAUAGUAAAUCAUCCCAACUACAAUGGCAAUGCUGCUGGAUAUCCCAAUGAUAUUUCUGUUAUGAGACUUUCAUCUAAUGCCAACACCGGAAGCUCAGCUGUAAGCACCAUUGGUUUAGCUCCUUCUGGAUCAAGUUUUGUUGGGCAGACAUGUACCAUCAGCGGAUGGGGUAGAACCUCUGGUACUAGCAGCCUUCCCAACAUCUUACAAUAUGUAGGGAUGGGCAAGAUUUCUAAUUCGGAGUGCUCUACUAGAUGGGCUGGUAUCAGUGGGGCUACCAUUAACACUGGGCAUAUAUGUGUCUUUCAAUCAGGAAGAUCAGCUUGCAAUGGAGAUAGUGGUGGACCUAUGAUCUGUAAUGGUAUGUUAGCUGGUGUUACAUCAUGGGGUAUUUCAGGCUGUAGUGGAAAUUAUCCCAGUGUUUAUACUCGAGUAUCCCAGUUUGUUAGUUGGAUUAAUUCCAUCUAAUUUACUCGAAAACUACAAUUCUUUAUGGUUGUAAUUAUGUAAUAAAUGCAGCUGUAAGACUAUA